AUGUCUGAUUCUCAGCCUUCUUACCUUGUACUCGGUGUGCCGCGUCUAGCGCUCAUCUGCCUUGCGGCAAAACUCUAUGUUCAAACCCAAGCAACUGGCGUCCAGAAGUACUUUGAGUCCUCUUAUCACUUUGAUACUUUCAACCUCUUUCUCUCCCACUUCAUCAAACCUACUCAGUCUAUCUGGCGUCAAAUUCCGAACACAGAGCGCCGCGGUCUCCUCGAGGAGUACUAUCCUACAGCAGCUGCGCUCGACAUCUACAGCGAACAGGGCUAUGAGCGAGAUUUUACGCAACUCUGCUCUCGGUGGUUCAGGGACACCAAACUCCUUAUGCCAGAGGUGUUGUUCAUGAUGUCCAAGCAAUCUGCAGUGGCUCUGAACCAAAAAAACUUAACAAACAACCCCGCUUCUGUUGACUAUAUGAAGAAGCUCGUCAAGCCCUCGGUCAAGCAUACAGCCACAACCAAGCUGAUCGAUACUAAGCCUCUCAUGCCUACAAAGAGACGGCGACAAGAAGAACAGGAGGUUGAAGUCUCUGUGAAGAAGAGAGCGAAGCUGGUCACUCCUGGUGCCAAGACAUUCUCUACAACCGCCUUGAUUACCACGAAGGAUACCAGUUUCGAAAAGAAGAAGCUAGCAGUUCCUGUAGUCAAACACCCUCAAACAACCACCUUGACUGCCACGAAGAACACUAGCAGUGGGAAGCUCAAGCUGGCUGCUCCUGGUAGCAUUACAUCCUCUACAACCGUCUUUACUGCCACAAAGGACACCAGUGCCGAGAAAUCCAUCCUGCAACAGCCCAAGCAGCGUUGGCUUUCGGACAAAGAGGUCGGGCGUAUCGGACGCAGACCUCAAGGCCAGGGCUGGAGGUCCAAGAUCACCCCACUGCCUUUCUAG